CGCCCUCUUCUCUUCCUCUAAAGCCUAGGCGGCGUCGACGAAAUUGCGUCGGCGUGGGCAGUGUGGGCGCGGAGAUCGACGGGGGCCGAGGUGAACCGGCAGUAACCCUUUACUCCGCCCAGUCUUCCACAGCAAGAAGAUGCCUCCUUCCCCCUCAACUUCUCCGAGCGACUGUGGGGAUUCAGCCAUGUCCAUCACGGCGGACGAGGACCACGCCGGAUGGACAUUCGGCGACAGCGGCAGUGACAAGGAAGAGGAAUGGACAAACCGACCUUUUACGGUUGACGAUUUUCCAAGGGUUAGCUACGACCGUGGUGAACAGACUUAUACAAUCUAUGCGAAUCCUGAUUUUUGUCGUCGGGGCCCUGCGCCACUCUCUCUUUUCCGCGCAUACAAUGACCCCCUUGUUGAUAAAGAGAGGGAUUGGUUUUGUGAAGAGUAUGAACUCCAUGACGAGUCUGAAAUCACUGUUAACAAUGUUGGGAUCAAUGAUUGCUCAAAUAGCUGUGAUCGAUCUACAAUGGUCUUGGUGCAGUUCUUUGACCUUAAAAUCGCUGGCUAUCACCAUACCCAGCCUGGACCUGCCAAAAUAUUUGGUUUUUUCGCAGCACGGGAUCGGAUCAAACCCCUGCGCAACUAUGUCUACAAGCGCGAGAUUGAUAAUUAUGAAGCUGUGGCUGUGAAUCGGAAAAUGGGUACUGCACGUUUAUCACUGGGAAGCCCUGCUCGAGGCAUCAAUAUGACAGACCAUGUGUUGUUCGAAUUCAAACUUUGCAUACGGAUUGAAGACCAACCUGACGAGGGGCCAAAAGAGGAGCUUCUAAUUGAAGGAUGUACUGAGUUGAGCAAUAUGUUCAGACCAUCAUUUGUUGAAACCCAGCGUCUUUAUGGAGAGAAGUGUGGAUUGGACCUGAAGUUUGCCGUACUGAACAGCGCAGUUCAAGCAAAGAUUGAUGUUGAGAUAGUUUACGCUCCUGCAUGUGGCCUUAUUCUGAAUCUGUAUGCCAAGACGAGUGGCUUCGGGGAUAUUAUCCGCCUAUUUCGUGGACGUUCAAAAGCCGGUGGUAGAUUCAGUUCUGUUGUGGGGGUUUUGAUAGAUAGCUACCUUGAUGUUUGCGUUGAAGGGUCUUCCAAAGAGGGUCUUUGUCAGAGGUCGCCUCAAGACGGCUGUGGUCUUGAUCAGAAGCUGCCCUGUUAUACCUGGACAGGCAGAUUUGGUGCAUGCUAUCGUGGAACAGUGGUUGAAAAGGUGAAGUUUGAUAAAUUCACUACGAUUUCAGUGAAAGUGACUUGGAGUAUGGUCGAUGAAGAAUGGCGCAUCCGAUAUGCUUAGAACGGAGCUUCUAUGUUCCGGUAAGAAAAGAACUUCUAUUCUAGUGUAAGCACAAAAGGGAUUUGUUGCUGCGCUGCAAAACUAUUUGCUACUAGUAUAGUGUCUUAUACUCUGUUAAAUGUGAUAUAUUCUUUAAAACUGAUAAGUGAGAGAAACUAAGGUCUACUACAUUUCUUAAACGUAAUUUUAUAAGUUCAACACAUCAGAUCUCCCAUUUCCUGUGGAGUUGACAACUAUAA